AUGUUUCAAACCUCAAAGACACAACUUCUCUAUCUAAGUGCUCUAGGAGUAUGGGGUCUCUGGGGCUUCGCAUUAUUCAACGGCAUGUUUGCACGCCUUGAAACAGUUACUAGCACCCUGCGCUUCCCAGAUGACCGUCCCCUCCGCUCCUCAUACACAGGACUGGCCGCCGUAGACGCCCAGCUCACACUCCUCUCCGCCUUUUACGAUGUGCUCACAAACGCCCGCACAUCCGGCCCGCGCCUCCUUUUUUUCGACAUCAAUUACGCCGUUGCAUGCGCGAAUCUCUGGGUUCUCAUUGAAUCGAGGCGUCGAAGCGUUCGCUCCCUGCUUUUGAAAUAUCCGGCUUGGGUCUUGGUGCUCUGCAACGCCAACGGCGCCGCGAUCAUCCUACCGCUAUAUCUAUACGCAGUCUGCAGCAGCACAGCCCGCGUCCGCGAUGCCUCGAUGCCCUGGCACGAAGCGGCGGCAUUCCCGCUGACGACACUAGUCAUCUUGCUUCAACCGCUUCUCGUGUUUGCACCCGCGUGGAGUGGAAAUGGGGGCAGUAGCCUGCACCAUGGAUGCAUUGCACUCUUCCAGGUGGCCCCCGUAUUUGCCAUGGCGUUCCAUCUCAGCCUUGUGUCAAUUUUCCCUCGCAAAUUUACAGGCACAACGCAGUCAUCUGUGAAAGAGGCAAGGAAGUGGGUAGUCGCAUCCCUCAUACUUGCCGGUAUCGUCGCUUCAGCCGUGCACUUCUAUACCUCGGUCGGCUCGCUACUCACACAAGAUAUCGACGCAUCGAUCCUGAGGCUGUUCCUUCCGGCUCGAGGCUUUGAAGACCCAUACGAGUCCUUGAUCAAAAAUGAGGUUACAUCUGUCGAGUACACUGCGCUGCUGGAGAAUCUUCACCUGUUCUCGCAGUGGGAUUGGAUAGUCCUAUGUCUCACCACUAUUGUGUUUGCGCAUCUACUUCUCUCGCGAAAGGAUGGGGUUGAAAAGAUUGAAAAAAUGAGAGCGGAAGGGACGGUGUCUCCGAACGAGUCUCAGGAACUGAUUUAUCUCACUGUGGCGACUGUAGUCUUAGGGCCAGGGGCGGCGGGGUCAUUUGCGUUGGCUAUUCGAGAGGCUAGAAUAUGA